AUGGCGGGCCGCACGGCGCCCGCGACGGCGCGUCAGGCCGUUGCUCAGCGCGGCAAGAUCGUCGCUCGCGCUGCCCCGAAGCGCGGCGCCGACCAGGCCGAGAAGGCCGUCGCCGCGGCCGCGCUCCUGGGACUGGCCCCUGCUGGUCCUGCCCACGCCGACGCCAUCGACGACACCGUCUCCGCGCUCACGACCGCCAUCAAGGCGGCCGGGCAGUACGCCAAGGAGGCUGCCGGGUACGCCUCCGAGGCCGGCAAGGCCGCGAAGAAGGCGUCGGAGCUGGCCGCGCCGUACGUCCAGAAGGCCGCUGAGACCGCGAGCCCGUACGUGAGCCAGGCCACGAAGCGCGGCACCGAGGUGGUGUCGACCGCGACCAAGGUGGCUUCCCAGGAGGUGACGUCUGCGGUGCGCAACACCGAGGUUGCGCUCUCGAAGGCCGCGGGCGUCGACGUCAAGGAGGUCGACAACGUCGUCAAGACCACCGAGGGCUUCUUCGUCACCGCCGGCAAGUCGGCGCUGGGCCUCGUCGAGUUCCUGAUGAAGCAGGAGCCGCUGAUCGCCGCCGAGUACCUGGCCGGGGGGGUCCUGCUGCUCUACCUGACGCCGGCGGUCGUCAAGGGCGUCGCCGGCGCGCUCCGCGGCUACAGCGGCGACCUCACGCCCGCGGUCGCGCUCGACACGCUCGAGAACGACGGCACGGCGCUCCUCGUCGACAUCCGCUCCCUCAAGGAGCGCGACACGACGGGCUGUCCCGACAUCCCCGCGCGCGCCGCGUCGCGCAUGGUCGAGGUGGAGUUCGCCGUGACCGAGGACCGCAAGCUGCGCGGCCUGCUGCGCAACCCGGAGGCGGUCGAGACGGCCAUCACGGCGAUGCAGGUCGCGGCGCUGAAGAAGGCCCGCAAGAAUGGCCCGGUGAUCGUGCUCGACCAGAGCGGCUCCACGGCCGUGAACGUCGCGAAGCAGCUCUCGGCGCGCGGGUACGGCAAGGUGUUUGUCGUGCAGGGCGGGUUCAAGGCGUGGGGCGCGUCGAAGCUCGCCGUGAAGGCGCCGAACACCGUGGAGCCGUCGGUGCUGUCGGGGACUGUGUUUGGCGGGUCGACGAAGAAGGUCGUGACCGCGCAGAACGGGACCGCGAAGCGCUCGCUCCCGCAGAACAAGCAGACCGCGCGCGCGCUGCCGGCGGGCCGCCGCGCGUAA